UUUUUUUUUUAAUUCAAGGUCUAUUUAUAUUUUGAUUUGAAGAUAAAACUAAAAAAUGUAAUUAAAAAAGUACAAAAAAACCAAAAUAAACUUCAAAUAAAUAAGAAAAAAAGCACCAAUCAUGAAUUUUUUAACUAAUUCCAUACGUACAAAAUGUCUACAGAUAUGCACAAACUUUCGAAGUGCCAGAUAUAUUUCUUUAUCGAAAAUAACUCAGAAAUCAAAUAAAGAAAGAAUUGAACCAGAAGAUGGGCCAAUAAAAUAUUCACGUAGUGAAGCUGCACAAUGGCAAGCCAGAGAUUCUCGUAUUGGUGUACGAACUGAAAUGCCAUGGUUUCAACCGUAUGUAAUAUCGUUAAGUUUAGGAAUAUUUCUAUUAUAUUUUUGUGUAUUUCGUGAAGAGAGUGAUAUCGAUAUUGGUUUAGAUCGAAGUUUAUUUGAUCAUAUCGAAGGACUCGAAGAGAAACAGAUCAUGAUACGUAUUAAUUAUAAUCGUGAGCAUAAUUUAGACACACGAGCAUUAGAAGAACGUUUAGCUGAAAUUCACCGAUUAAAGAAACAAUUGUAGUUAGUUAAUUGUUGCGAUAAUGAUUGUUGUUGAUAAUUUAUAAGGAUAUAAUUUAUUUUUUUGCUUUUUAAAUAAAAAAAUUUUAUAAAA